CUAAAACACAAAACUCAUCCCAUGUGACUGGUUGUGGCUCAGCAUGCUCUAUUGUGCCCCGGGGCCGUUUGUUCGCCUGGUUUCCGACACACAAACAAAACUUUCCUGCCAGCCUGGGCAAUAUUGGGCUCCAGAGUGCUUUGACAACCCCCUUGUAAUAUUGGAAUCUCUGACUUUUUCUCUAAAGGGAUAAUAAAGAAAAACAGAGAGAACAGAAGAGAGGACAGAAAAGAGAUGACAGAAGAGAGAGGACAGAAGAGAAACAGAUCAGUCAUGUCAGGUGUGCUUGGCAGGAUGUACAGCUUCAUGGGCGGUGGGUUGUUCUGCGCUGGAGUCGGGAACAUACUCCUUAUUAUCUCCACAGCAACCGAUUACUGGAUGCAGUACCGUCAAUCCAACAACUAUAUGCAUCAGGGCCUGUGGCGCUACUGUGUGCCUGGGAAAUGCAUGACACACACAGAUAGCAUUGCGUACUGGGAUGCCACCCGUGCCUUUAUGAUCCUCUCCCUGCUGGCCUGCUUCCUUGGCAUCGUGAUCGGCGUCAUGGCCUUCAUACGCUCCUCCUCCUUCAGUGGGUUUGACAAGACGUUUGCUGCCGGCAUCCUCUUCUUCAUCUCCUGCUUCUUUGUGCUGCUGGCGAUGGCUGUGUACACUGGGGUGACGGUGAAUUACUACGGGAAACGAUACGGGAACUGGCGCUUCUCCUGGUCCUACAUCAUGGGUUGGGUAGCCGUGGUCCUCACCUUCUUCUCAGGCAUCUUCUACAUGUGUGCCUACAGGAUGCAUGAAUGCCCGAGAAACUCCAACUCCCGCUGAUCUGACAAAAACACACACAGUUCACACCUGGGUUUGCACACCUAACUACGUCAUUUCCUGUUUACCUGACCACUAUUGAAUAAGCAUAAUAAAAAGGGUAAAACCAA